CGCAACUCAUUGCUGACUUUACUGCACCACACCGAAAUAUACCGAACGAAUGAAGGAAAACCAAAAGAAGAAUGAAAUAACCGUCGAGCUGGAGAGAGAUACAGUGCAAUAUAAGAGCAGGAAGAGUUUUGCAGGACAUCCAUUUAACCAAAACAUGAUGGAAAUAAGUUGUACAAGAAGACGCUCGAAGAAUUUGUGAAAUGAGCCGAAGUCACAUCUGAAGUCUUGGGCGUGGCGGCUUUGGGAGGGGCCGUGCUCAGAGACAAGCUGCAGUGGCAGCACCAGACAGUGAAGACUUCCCUGGUGUGUGUGGGUUUGUGUGAGACAGACAGAUAGAGAGAAACAUUAAAGAAGACCACCUGUCCUGCUGAAUGUCUAGGCUGGAGACAUCUAUCAGUUCCCACCUUCUGGUCCGAGUCAAAGGGACAAGAGGGUUUUCUCUCCAGCCACAAUGAGUGAUGUUGUCAUUGUGAAGGAGGGAUGGCUACAUAAGAGAGGAGAAUACAUAAAAACAUGGAGACCAAGAUAUUUCUUACUCAAGAGUGAUGGAACAUUUAUUGGGUACAAAGAGCGGCCGCAAGAUGUUGACCAGCUGGAAACUCCACUCAAUAACUUUUCAGUGGCCCAAUGUCAGCUGAUGAAGACUGAGCGACCAAAGGCAAACACUUUUAUUAUUCGGUGCCUGCAGUGGACUACUGUUAUUGAACGCACUUUUCAUGUUGAGACUCCAGAGGAAAGGGAGGAGUGGACUACAGCUAUCCAGGCUGUGGCAGAUAGUCUACAGAAGCAGGAGGAAGAGAGAAUGGACUCUUCACCUGACACCAUGGACAUGGAAAUGUAUCUGUCCAAACCUCGACUCAAAGUGACAAUGCAUGACUUUGAAUACCUUAAACUCUUGGGGAAAGGCACUUUUGGGAAGGUCAUACUGGUGAAGGAGAAAGCCACAGGCAAAUACUACGCCAUGAAAAUUCUUAAAAAGGAGGUGAUAGUAGCAAAAGAUGAGGUAGCACACACACUUACUGAAAACCGGGUCCUCCAGAACUCCAAACACCCUUUCUUAACAGGUCUGAAGUAUUCUUUCCAGACUCAUGACCGAUUAUGUUUUGUUAUGGAGUAUGCAAAUGGUGGAGAGCUUUUCUUUCAUUUAUCACGAGAUCGUGUUUUUUCGGAAGAGAGAGCACAGUUUUAUGGUGCAGAGAUCGUCUCAGCCUUGGAUUACCUUCAUUCUGAGAAAAACGUGGUUUAUAGAGACCUAAAGUUGGAGAACUUGAUGCUGGAUAAAGACGGCCACAUAAAAAUCACUGAUUUUGGCCUGUGCAAGGAGGGAAUUACAGAGGGAGCAACAAUGAAGACGUUCUGUGGUACACCAGAGUAUCUUGCUCCAGAGGUUCUUGAGGACAAUGACUAUGGCCGGGCGGUGGACUGGUGGGGGUUGGGUGUAGUCAUGUACGAGAUGAUGUGCGGCCGGCUUCCCUUCUAUAACCAGGAUCAUGAGAAACUCUUCGAAUUGAUCCUCAUGGAUGAGAUCCGUUUUCCUCGUACACUUGGGCCUGAGGCAAAAUCUUUGCUGUUAGGACUGCUUCAGAAAGACCCAAAGCAGCGGUUAGGUGGAGGUCCAGAUGAUGCAAAAGAAAUCAUGCAGCAUAAGUUCUUUGCAGGCAUUGAGUGGCAAGAUGUUUAUGAGAAGAAGCUUGUUCCACCCUUUAAGCCCCAGGUAACCUCAGAAACAGACACUCGCUAUUUUGAUGUGGAGUUUACAGGGCAGACCAUCACCAUCACACCCCCAGGCCAAGAUGAAAACAUGGAGUCCUUUGACAGUGAUAGAAGACCCCACUUUCCUCAGUUCUCAUAUUCUGCCAGUGGCACAGCAUAAAACCCUUUAAAAAGGAUACUUGACCCAGAAAUGUCUGUGAUCAUUUAUUUACCCCCAUGUCAUUCCAAAUCAGUAGGACUUUAUUCCUUAUGUCAAACUUAAAUGGAUUUUUUAAUAUCCUGGCAACACUUCAAUUUUGUCAUUUUUAGAGCUUGACAUCAUGUCCACACUACUGCAACAGCUUCAUAUUGCCUACACUGAAUGUUUCAGAUCCAUUCGUCCAGUUGUCAGAAGUAGCAGAAGUGCAUGGAGUACACCAAAGAUAUAAUGGCGCAUUAGUUUACUGUUGGAUAUUUGUUGUGUUGCACCACGUCCAGUGUAGACAGCAUCACUAGUUAUAAUAGGUUCUGUUUGUUUGUGCAGUGUCACAUCCCAACGCUUGUGUAGAAAUGGUGUGACAUUCACCAGAUUUGGAACAAUAUGAGGUUGAAUAAAUGAUGACAGAAUUUUCAUUUUGGGGUGAACUAUUCCUCAUUGACACACACACACAAACACACUUUCUACAUAAAUACACUCCCCUGAUACAGUGCUAAUAACUUAGCCAUAGCCAUUGCUGCACUAUACUUGUUUUGUAGUAACAGUUGCUUCUAAUUCUGGAUUCACAAUGUAAAGAUGUCAUCAGCGAUCAUUAUUUAGUUGGAUUCUUUAUUGAGCAUAUUGCUAGGUUUUUGAAACAAGCUUGAUUGUCUGUUAGUCAUUUCUAAAUUCUUACAAAUGCACUGAUUCUUAAAUUUUAAGACACAGUUCACAAAAAAUGAAAAUUCUGCUCACCUUCAUGUUGUUCCAAACCUGUAUUACUUUCUUAUUUCUGCUUAAGUUACUUAACAAUAUUACCUGAAUACCAAAGAAGUUAUGAAUUACAGUUGGAGGAUAUAUGUUGGAAUAUAAUGUUUUUGGUUUGAUUCUCUUUCAGAUAGAAUGAUAUUUCGAAGGAUUCAAAGCAUUUGCCAAAAUACUAUCUACUCAGAUUUUUCUCAGAUAAAACAGCUACCUGUAGAAAUUAAGUAUAGUAUUGUUUUACACCACUGAGGACAUCACUAUUUGCAUGAACUUUAUGGUGAUGAACUGAAGGUUUUAGCUAGUGGUAAUAGAGGUUAAUUAGUUAAAUAAUUUUUGUGUUUGCGCAAUUUAUUCACACUUUUAUGACUCUCAGUUGUCAAAAAAGCAAGAGAAAAUGUCUUCAUGUGAGUUUGUUAUUGUAGCAGGAAAUGGUUGUACAGCAUAAACUAAAAUUGCCAAACAAUCUAUUUGCUUAAUAGCAUUCUUCCUACAUGGAUUUAUAAUUUAAAAGUUUUUUUGUUUGUUUGUUUGUUUUGUUUACAUGUUGCAUGGUACCCAAUAUUUAUGUCAUUUUAAAUGUUGUAUUACAUAAAAUUAUUUAAGAAUUGCAUUACAAAAAAAAUCAUUACUAAAGUUUCCAGACCCUUCAUUUUGUAAAAUAUGCUGCAGUUAAUUCAAGCAAAACAGUAUUUAUGGCUUUCAUUUCAGUGUGUUUAUUGUUUUAUUGAAGACAUUUGAAUGAAAUUCUGUGAAAUGAAAUUCUUUUUUUUUUUCCUUUUCCUUUUUAAUUGAUGUCAACAACUUGUCAGUGGAUUAAGCUGUACAUUCAGGUUUGUUUGGUUUUUUUUUUUUUUUUUUUUUUUUUUUUUUUUUUUUUUUUUUUGCAAAUCUUUGCAAAUGUAGCAUGUUUUAAAAGUUGCAUAAAAAUAUGACAAGCAUGUUUCGGCAUUUUGCCCCUUAGAUAAAACAUCUAACAAAAACUGAACAUUCCUGAGAAUGGAUUUGGUCCAUAUUUGAAUAAUGAAACCCUUAAAAAAUAUUGAAUGGUUGAAUAUUGGUAGGUGGUCUAUAAUGUGUAUCACUAUAUUUUCACUAUAUUUUUUUCUACUUGCUUUUAUAUUUUAUAGCAGUUUUUCUACUUCACUAAAAAUGAAACAUUUUGCAUUGAUACACUCCAGUUUCAAGUUGUGAAUGUUUCUCUAAAAAAACAUGAGCUUCAGUUAUUUCAGUUAUUGUCUUCUUACCAGAAUGAGGGACAAAAAUAUUAUACCAUGUUUUGAAAAAAAUAAAGCCCAUAUCCUCUCGUUUUCAUUUAUGUGUCAUAAAAAAUAAAUACUUUUUUAUUAAAGGCCAUAUCUUCUUGUAUAUGUUGAUGUGGCUCACACCUUUAGAAGAAUAAUGUUCUUGCUUGGGAAACAGAAUACACAAAAUUUGUAUAUAAAGUAUUUGUACUGUAUUUGCUAAUAAA